AUGGUCGCCGCCGGGUACAACUUGUACCUCAGAAAAAUGGCGGCGCUCGUCAUCCUUCGGCGUUAUGUGGUAGUUGCUUCCCCUCCUCGGGCGUGGCUGCACAACCACCCUCCAGCUCGCCUGCAGCUCAAUGCUUUCGGCACACAGGUUGAAAGUAGGGUUGGUAAUGUUUCACAGAAAGCAAGGGACGAGACAACAGUAAAACUUCUGAAGCAUCUAAGAAAUCUGAUAUUACUUGAAGGCUUGCUGAAUGCAUUUCUCAAAGAUUAUCCAUUAUCUUUACCUGAGUUGCGAUAUCUUGGGGAUUGCUCUGGAUCAGCAAGCACCAGCAAAUUCAACAUUCCAAAGAACAUGGGAGAGGAGAGCAUAAAUGGUGCUUCCAGCAAAAGACAGAAGGGUUGCAAGGGCAAAGUCUCAGAAAAAGUGAAUCCUGAUGAUAAACUCAAGCAACCUACAAUACUGGAUGCUUUCAAAAGAGCAGGAGUAACAGUCAGUCAAGCAACAAAUAAAGCUUCUUCACAACCAUCAUCAAGUGGAAUGAUGUCAAAGGAUAUUGAACAAGAUGCUACUGAUCCUGGUGAACUUGGGCUUAUAGAUUUAAUGGCAGCACCAGUUAAACUAGAUUUGCAAAGAUACAAAUUCAGAACUAUCCGUGCAACGUGCUUGUCUUUGUUGAACUACUCAGAGUGUCAAGGUUCAUCUUCUUACCUUCAAACUGAGGUACUUCAUUCCUAUUAUAUAAUUGCUGCUAAAAUAUGGUUACAUUAUUAACGUCUG